AUGACAAUCAUUCUAGCAAUGGUCUCCUCGCCCCUAUAUUUCGCAUGGGUCUCGCGCGGACCGACAACACCGCUCUCAUGGCUUGAUGCAUUUGCCGCGGCUGGCAUGAUGAGCUGCAUCGUCCUGGCCACAGCAGCAGAUAAUCAACAAUGGACCUUUCAGUGUCGAAAAGCAAAGUGGCUUUCUCUGUCCUCUGAGGACCGCAGAAAGAAAGGCAUGCCGGCUAGCUUUCCCGAGGCACAGGAUGGUUUUCGGCAGACGGGACUCUUCGCAUGGUCACGUCACCCCAACUACUUUGGUGAAAUUACCGGCUGGUGGUUCUUCUAUCUUUUCUCGGUGGCCGCCAGCAAACGCAUUCUCAACUGGACGAUCAUGGGGCCUGUGGUGUAUACUAUCCUUUUCCAAAUCACGACCCCACUCGCGGAGUACAUCUCGUCUGAAAAAUAUCCCUCAUACCGUGAUUACCAAAACCGUGUUUCCAGGCUCAUUCCGUCCCCGUUCUCGCGACCAAUAUCGAGAGCCAUUUCCCAAGAGAAGAAAGAGAAGUAA